AGUUGACAUUCAAAAUUCAGUUCGGCAGCCCCACAAUUUAAAACCCCUCUUUCGAAUAAAUCCACACAUGUCUGUUCCAUCGGAUAAAAGGGAAGCCGCGCCGGCCGUUGAUGAGAAUCCCGAUGGCCUGACUAUCGACUGCAGUCCGAUCGAGCCGAGACGGCCCUUCGAGUACAGAAAGAACAGAAUCCUUCCGGUCACAAUGCACUGAUGGCAGCACUGGCAUUGGCAGGAAGAGGCCAAGAGCGGCUAAGUCGGAAAACCCGCUUCUAGCCCUUUUCGCAUUCGGCUCUGAGCAAGACGACCUGUUCCGCACUCGAAAUCCAAGCUCGGACAACAACUUGAAUCUGGCUGUGGCAAGUUGUCUGCGCUCCGCCCUGAAUAACGUGUCCCUAAGGCAAUCCUGCGACCCAACUGCGAUGGCUCGAUCUCCACAACAACAGCUUUUGCAGAAGCAACUUCAGAGGCAGCCUGCGAUGUCCUUGCCCCAGGCGCACCCUUUGAUGACCCAGCAGCAGCAAAUGCAACACCAGAUGCGGCUGCAAGUGCAACAGCAACAGCAGCAACGUCAGAAGCAGCAGCUGCAGCGGCAUCUGCAACAGCAAUAUUGUUUCGGCCAGUUUUCACCCCAGAUGGGAGUGGUGUACGACCCUCGACCUUGGCCCCCAGCUCUGGGUCAAGACCAGCGGCCAUCGGACCCAUAUGGCAGCUACCAAUUUUGGUACAGGCCACAGACAGUCAACGGCCCUCAAGUUGUGCCCGUCAAUCGCGGCCUUCCUGGGAUGAUGCACCAGCCCUUCCAGCAACAGCCGAAUGGAGCUUCAAACCAGCCCAGACCUGCUGCUAAACCUCUGGUCAGAAGUGCAACAAAGAGUCGGAGUCCCACCUUCAAAGACCAGGCUCCAACUCAACUUGCAAGAACCUUGGCCGGUGGCCGAUCAAACUUCCGCUCGGAGCCCGGCUGCUUGAAUCGAAUCGACAGCCUCACCGAAAGUGGAUCCAGGAGUCGGGACUCUGAGGAGGAAAUGAUCGCAUUUCAGCGAAUCGCUGCCAGAACUCUGCCCCCGGAAAUCGAAUCGAACAAAAAGCAGAUGCAACUGCAAACAGAAAAUAAGCUCCAGGAACCGAUAACCAAGGAGGUAGAACUCGACGCAAGUUUGACGAGUGAAACCAGCAGUUUCUUCCAAAGACUUGCCGGAUUUCUGCGCUCUCGCUCCUCAAAAAAGUCAAAAGACAAGUCAUCGAAAUAUAAAAACCACGAUGCCAGCGCUAAACCGUCAAAAUUUUCCACAACGAAAAAACGAGGAUUUUUUAAAAGAUUUUUCGCGGAGGUGCGCGAUCGUGAUGUAGGUUUGCCAAUAAACAAUGGAGACCAGGAGGAACUUCGCGAAGCGGAGGACUUCAAGGAACUGCGGAGAAGGCAGCAGAGGAACAAACUCGAGGAUACGCACAGCAAACCAGCCACAAAGAAGAUAUAAACUACAAUAUGUGAACCAAAAUUACAAAAUUUUAAGUUCAUUAAAGUUAAAUAUGGAAUAAAUUGUAGAAUACAAGCCGC